AUGGAUGAUACUUUCCUUCACCAAUUAGGAAAUGGCUUUUACAUGACGAACAUGCCUGCUAGCUGGGAGGGUGAUCCAUUGGAUUGGUAUUGUGUCAUCGAAGCGGAUACUCACAAGAUUAUAGAGGCGCCCAAAAUAUUCAUCCCAGAAUUUUGGGACAUACCGACUGAGGCUGGGCCUGAACGAAUGUACCUAUGGUCCGGAGUGGAAGGACUCAUCUUGGAAUACAUCGGCUCGAAAAUCUCCCACCCUAAGGAGGCGAUUCGCUUUGGGUGGAUCUUAUUUAGGGAAUGGGAGUUGCAAAUGCUCAUUCCAACUGAUUUGUUGAACGAUGAUAAGUUUGAUUUAUGGGGUGAAUGCUUCGAAACAAAGGAUGAACUAAGGCAACGUUCGAACGAAAAUAUUGAAUGGACGGCUUGGACUAUUAGUGGAAAUCCUGGAUACCCGAGCGACGAAGGUGUUUUGUAG